AUGGGUUACUUCCAGGUUUGCCGCUUGCGCAUGCGCAGAAGCACAAACUGCUCUGAGCGCGUGCACACAGCGCUUUGCCCUGCAUCCUUUUUGGCUAGCGACCGGGCCUCCAGAAUGGACCCCGGUCGCAAAACAAGGUAUGACUGUACAACAAUGUACAGAAAAGUGAUGGCUGAGGUUUGGAGAACAAUGCUUGCAGCUUCACUUGGGGCUGAUGAGAAUUGUGUUUCAACCAAUGAAGGCCCUGUUGGGAUAGUGCCAAUAAGCUGCAAGCACCUUAAGUGUUCCCCUCUUAUCCAUGAAACGACAGCUGUUGAAGCUGCUACCUGCUACCCUGUCCUAGAUCCCAAACUUCCCCCCUUUGGGACCUGGACAUGUUGGCAGGGAGGACUGGAGCUACAGACAGGGAAGAAAUUCAACUCUGUUUUCAUUUAA